AUAGCAUGGAAUAGAAUAAUUCUCAGCUUAGCUUAUAUCUUCCGAACGACGUCAGCAUCAUCUCUACACAAAUUAUAUUCCUUUGGUAAUCACUAUCCCCAAUUGCAGAUUGUAAAGAAAUAUGGCAAGCAGAGCAUUACUUGUACUAGCACCAGCUAUUUUAUCUGAACGUAUUCUGCUCAAUCACAUUCCAAAAUCUGGAUUUCAUCAAUGCGUAAGGCAUAUCGAGAAGAAGUUUAAGGUUGCUCGCAACUUCUCUGCUCAUUCUAGUUUGGAGCGUCCUGACGUGGCCCGUUUAGCAGAAACUGCUCGUAUUUCUCUCACUUCACAAGAGGCUGAAGACUUUGCACCCAAAAUUCAGCAAGUGGUAGACUGGUUUGGGCAACUUCAAGAGGUGGAUCUUCAAAGUAUUGAACCAGCAAUACGCGCAGAUACCGAAGCAGGAAGUUUCCGUGAGGAUAGUCCUGAAACGUUUGACAACAGGGAGGCCAUAAUAGCUGCUAUCCCGAGUUAUGAGGAGCCUUACAUUAAAGUUCCGAAAGUCUUGAACAAAGAGUAACACUGUUUGGAGGGGUUCUAUGCGUCGACAGUUUAGAGGGGUUGUGUCCAGCGGUGAUGGUGAAGGGUUUUGUUGGUGAAAAGGUCAUAACUCAAUAGGCUUUUGAUCCGAUUGCAUUGUAUCAUUAGUAGGUCACAUGUAUGAUGUAUCUUCACUCGGUUUUACAAGUCAAGAUUUAUCCUAGUCAAAUUUAUGUUUACAUUUUGUUUUGUGAGAUUUCUUGAACAGGAUUUCUUCUUCUAUUCCAUUUAUCGAUAGAUGGAUACUUCCAUUUGUUUA